AUGGAACUUCUUAUUGCUUCGAAACGACAACUCAAGCCGAAUUCAAGGAGGCGGAAAAGAAAUCCUCUGGCGCUAGAAAAUUCGAAAAUUUUUGAUCAAGAAAUAGUGGAGAAGACUGUCAAUCAUAAAGCAACUGAAGUUUGCGAAGAGCCGCUUCCGAUCCCAGUUCAAACCAUCAAAGGCCCCCGAACCCCCGCCGAAAAGAACAAACAACCCCUCCUCACCCCUGGAUCCGUCUACAGAUCUAGAAUUGGUGACAAACUUAUUCUCAAAAUAAAACUUCCGACGACUGUGUAA